AUGGUGAGAAAACUAGCUGUGCGUAGUCUUCGCCGGGGAAUUGGAAGCAUGGACUACAUCGAGACCUUGUUGAUAAUGGAAGAUGAUCUUGAUAAUGAAAGUGACACAUUGGAGAACAUGCAAACAGGAAUAUUAAUGAUAUGCAAGGCUGCAGCAUCACUGCGACACAGAGCCUGGAACCAUCACAGGAUAAUACUUCACCAUGCAAAGUUACACGAGUGGUGUAGAUGUGAGAAAUGUAGACCUAUGCCACAACAAGUGGAGAAUAAGUGUUGUGGACUAAAGAAGUGUAUAACAAUGAUUGCACGUUUUGACAAUGACUGCAUGUUCUUGAUCCCGAUGUGUUGGCCGGAACUUUGUAUCCGUAAUGCUGGCGACAUUCGAAACGACAGAGAAGCAAUAGUACAAGGGCCUUCAGGAAAUCUGCAUACAGACAAUUUACACUUGCACGCUAUGGUCAUUUGGGAAAGGGCAAUAGACGAGUAUGCCCUUCCUGUGUAG